AUGGCGACAAUUAUGUACAAUGUGGGAUUGGACAGGUUUGGUGCAGAAGAGCGAGGAGAGGUGACAGCAAAUAAGAACAGAAGGCAGAGAGAGAUAGCCAACCUGAGGAGGGACCUUAGACAGCUGGCAAGACGAUUCCGAGCAGCUGAGGAAGAAGAGAAGGCAAAGUUGUCAGAACUGAGAAACAUGGCCAGGGAGAAGUUAAAGACUUUGAGAAGAGCAGAGAGAAGUAGGCGAAGGAGAAAGGAUCGAGCAAGGGCACGAGCCAGAUUCACCGCCAAUCCAUUCCAAUUUACCUCACGACUGUUAGGUAAAAGAGGCUCAGGAGUGUUAAGAGCAGGAAAGGAGGAAGUAGAACAACAUCUGAGAGACAUGCAUAGUGAUCCAAGGAGGAAUGAAGAUCUAGGCGUGAACGAGAAGCUGAUACAACCAGAAGAACCUGAACACCUGUUUGAUGAUGCAGAGCCCAGGUUGCGCGAGGUCAACAAUGUCAUCAGGAAGGCCAGAGCAUCAUCAUCACCUGGACCCAACGGCAUCCCAUACAAGGUUUAUAAAAACUGCCCAAGGUUGACUAUGAGGUUAUGGAAACAUCUACGAGUAGUGUGGAGAAGAGGAAAGUUGGCUGACAGUUGGCACCAGGCAGAGGGAUGCUUUAUACCAAAAGAAGAGAACUCGGAGACACUCAAGCAGUUCCGAACUAUUUCCCUGUUGAACGUGGAAGGGAAGAUAUUUCUAGCAAUUCUAGCAAAGAGAAUGACCACCUACAUGCUAGACAACCAAUACAUCGACAUAGCAGUGCAGAAAGGAGGGGUACCAGGUGUUUCAGGGUGCAUUGAACAUACUAGCAUACUUUCACAGAUCAUCAGAGAGGCUAAAGAAUUGAAAGGAGAAUUAGCAGUAGUUUGGUUGGACCUAGCAAACGCUUAUGGAUCUAUGCCUCAUAAGUUGGUUCAGAUGACGUUGGAGCGGUAUCAUGUACCAGAGAAGAUACGAUUGUUACUGCAGAGGUACUUCGACAGAUUACAGCUAAGGUUCACAGUCCAAGAUUUUACAACAUCGUGGCAACGUCUGGAAGUAGGGAUUGUGACAGGAUGUACCGUGUCCGUGAUUCUAUUCUCGGCGGCUAUGAACUUGAUGGUGAAGUCUGUUGAGAAGAUGAGCAGAGGACCUUGGAUGAGGGCAGGCGUACGACAACCCCCUGUCAGAGCAUUCAUGGACGACAUGACCAUUAGCACAAAGACCAUCAUUGAAGCUAAAUGGACCCUCAAAGAGAUCGAGGAGAUGGUUAACUGGGCUCGGAUGAAGAUCAAACCAACAAAGUCCAGUAGUCUUGUACUAAAGAAUGGAAAGAUGCGGGAGCACAAGUUCCAGGUAGGCGAUGAGGUCAUUCCAACAGUGUCCGAAAAGCCAGUGAAGUGUCUGGGGAAGUUCUUUGAUGACACCUUGGGUGACACCAGGAAUGUAAGAGUAACAGGCAAACAACUCGAAGGAUGGAUGAUCGCUGUAGACAGAAGUGCUCUACCAGGGAAAUACAAGGCUUGGAUUUACCAGCAUGGAAUACUUCCAAGAGCACUUUGGCCUCUACUUGUGUAUGACGUGCCAUAG